AUGAAGCAUGCAGAACAAAUCCAGGCUUGCACAACCGUGAAAAAGGAGUGGCAAGCUGAUUGGCUCCUGAAAACCAUUACCCUUAUAGGUCUUACUACAAUUUCAGAUGAUGACACAUCUUCCAACGUUCAAAGGCUCUGUUAUAAAGCCAAGUAUCCAAUCCGGGAAGCUCUCUUAAAAAAUUUCAAUACGUGUGAUAAAGGCCUUAUGACCACUGCUGUUUAUGUCUACCCCACGGGGGUGUGUGAUGCGGUUAAAGCACUGAAGGCCCCGUGCUGUACCCAUGCCAACUGGCGCCCUGGACAGACUCAUUUAAAAACACGAUUGGAAGAGAUAAGAUUGGCUGUGGAAAAUGGAGUUAUGGAAAUUGAUGUGGUGAUUAAUAGGACCUUGGUGCUGACCGGCCAGCAGGAAGGAUCAGACUUUAUUAAGACCUCUACUGUAAAAGAAACGGUAAAUGCCACUUUCCCAGUAGCUAUAGUGAUGCUAUGGGCCAUUAGAGAUUUCUUCUGGAAAACUGGAAACAAGGCAGGCUUUACACCAACAGGAGGCAUCCGCAGUGCAAAGUAUUCCCUUGCUUGUCUCUCUAGUGUGAAGGAAGAGCUGGGAGAUGAAUGGAUGACGCCAGAACUGUUCCCAAUAGGUGCCAGUACUCUGGUUUCGGACAUUGAGAGGCAGAUUUACCAUCACGUUACAGGAAGAUAG